AUGCUGUUAAAUGAGGUUGGUGGCACCCUCGUUACGAGCGGAUUCUUAGGACUGAGACGGAUCUCGCAAUUUGACCAACCCUUUUCUCUCCUUCGCAUUUACUGUACCCGCCAGGAGAGACUCAGACAAGCACACCGUUACAGAAUUUUCGCUGGCAGCGGCAGACAACUUCUGGUAGCUAUGUCGGUGGCUGUUUGUCAUCAUGAAAUGGACAUGAGAGUCCGAGUUUCACAUACCUUGGUGUCGCCGAGUCCCGGCUUCCGGCGGAGACACGCAACUUCGAUGUCAAAGGAGGUACAUUGA